GUUUUGAGUUUUGAAACUUUGACGGCUUGACAAAAAAAAAGACGCCAUUUUAAUUUCCUUAUUUUAACAGAGAGAAAUCAAAGAGACAAAGCCACGAUCCGCCAUAGCUGUUGUUUGAGAUCGAUCCCCACCAAAGGAGCCUAAAUCAUGCCUUCAGGUGCUAAGAAAAGGAAAGCUGCCAAGAAAAAGCAAGAGGAAGAACAACAACAAGCAUCUUCUACUCUAAUCAAUCACAAAUCCAACAACCAUGAUUCGAGAAGCCAAGGCGAAAGUGAGAGCGAUGAGCGCAUAGAGAUCACUGAUUCAAGCCAUAAUCAUGACAAGAGCUCUAGUAGCAGCAGCAGCAGUAGUAGCAGCAGCAGUAGUAGCAGCAGCAGCUCCAGCUCGGAUGAUGAGUCCCGGGAAGUCAAGAAGAUAGAUGAUAAUAAGGAGACUGGUGAUGCUGUUUCUGAGGUUGUUACUGUGAGUUGUGUGCCAAUUCAACCAGUGCCAAUAGCUGGAGAUGCUCCGUUUAUGGGGUGUACUGCUAAUGCGAUUGUAGAGAAUACCGGUUUGAUGGAUUCAACUGUGCCUAGUGAUCCCAACUCUGGAGAGCUGGUUGAGAUCUCGCAUGUUGAUACAAUAAGCUCAAACGAGGCUGAUGAGAAUUCUUUGCCUAAACCAUCUGAGAUUGCCGCUGAAGUUUCUCUUGCAUCUGAUGAGAUUAGGCAGGCGUCUUCAGGUGCAACUGACUCUGAUGUCAAAGAAAAUGAGGGAAAAACAUCACCGCCUCUACCAGAAUCCAACGGUGUUCCUGAAGGCAACGGAGAGUCUGAUGUUGUCAUAUCUCAUGAGGAAGAGGCUCCCGUGCUGAUACCAACACAUGGAAUUGCGCAAAGAACCUCGUGGUUUAGUUGCUGUGGCUUGUUUGAUGUGGCCACAGGAUCCAGUAGAUAAACUCAGAAACAGCGUGUUGCCUAUAAACUCGGAAGCUGCAUAAGUGUUAUCACGGCGAAGGAUUCUCGGUUUCCUCUCUCGAUUACCUGUGAAAAAAAUUCAGUCUCUCAAAUCACAAAUUUUCUCAAAUGAAACAGCUUCUAGUAGUGUUCAGAACAGACAUGUCUACAAUUUCUGCUCUUUAUAUAAGUCCUUACAGGUUCUUUUUAGUUUUUCAGUGUUUGUCUUUCGUUGCGAUUCCUUGUCUGUUAUUGUUUUUGUUCUCUCAAGUUGUGAGCCUUUAAGACGUUUAU